CCCAGCGCCCCGACCGGUGGGAGGCCGGCGGCCACACAGCUCCUCCCCGUCCCUCCUACCGCGACGCCGGGGCAGGCCAGGGUCGGGGCUACCAGAUCGCCCGGCGCUGAACGUGCGCAAAGCCGGAGCGCAGCCCCCCGCCCCGGCGCCCCGCGGCCACGGUGACGCGGUGACUGCGGGCGACAGAGCCCGCCGUGCUGGCAGCGAGCAGGCAGCAGGCGGGAUCGUACAGCCUUGUCCCGGUUCCCGCAGGCAGUUCACCGCGGCGUCCGGAAGGUUAAGCUGAAACGGCAGCUCAGCUUCGGAGAUGUUACCGUCCAAAUUGCAUGCGCUUUUCUGCCUCUGCACCUGCCUUGCGCUGGUUUAUCCUUUUGACUGGCAAGACCUGAAUCCAGUUGCCCAUAUUAAAUCAGAAGCAUGGGUCAGUAAGAUGCAAGCUCUGAUGGCUGCUGUAAGCAUUGGUCAAACUAAAAUCCCAAGAGGAAAUGGAUCUUAUUCCGUCGGUUGUACAGACUUGAUGUUUAAUUACACUAAUAAGGGCACCUUCUUGCGUUUGUAUUAUCCAUCUCAAGAUGAUGGUCACUCUGACACCCUUUGGAUCCCAAACAAAGAAUAUUUUUUGGGUCUUAGUAAAUUUCUUGGAACACACUGGCUUGUGGGCAAAAUUAUGAACUUACUCUUUGGUUCAAUAACAAUUCCUGCAGCCUGGAAUGCACCUCUGAGGACUGGGGAAAAAUACCCACUAAUUAUUUUUUCUCAUGGUCUUGGAGCAUUCAGGAUGAUUUAUUCUGCUAUUGGCAUUGAUCUGGCAUCCCACGGGUUUAUAGUUGCUGCUAUAGAACACAGAGAUGGGUCUGCAUCCUCGACGUACUAUUUCAAGGACCAGUCUGCUGUAGAAACAGGCAGCAAGUCUUGGCUCUAUCUCAGAACCCUAAAGCGAGGGGAGGAGGAGUUUCCUUUACGAAAUGAGCAGGUACGGCAACGAGCGAAGGAGUGUUCUCAAGCUCUCAGUUUGAUUCUGGACAUUGAUCAUGGGAGGCCAGUGACGAAUGUAUUAGAUUUAGAGUUUGAUGUGGAACAGCUGAAGGACUCUAUUGAUAGGGAUAAAAUAGCAGUUAUUGGACAUUCUUUUGGUGGAGCCACAGUUAUUCAGACUCUCAGUGAAGACCAGAGAUUCAGGUGUGGCAUCGCUCUGGAUGCAUGGAUGCUUCCCAUGGGUGAUGAAGUAUAUUCCAGAAUUCCUCAACCCGUCUUUUUUAUCAACUCGGAACGAUUCCAAUAUCCUUCUAAUAUCAUAGGAAUGAAAAAAUGCUUCUUACCUGAUAGAGAACGAAAAAUGAUUACAAUCAAGGGUGCAGUCCAUCAGAAUUUUGUUGACUUCACUUUUGUCACUAGCAAAAUGAUUGGCUACCUAUUCACGCUGAAAGGACACGUCGAUUCCAAUGUAGCCAUCAGCCUUAGCAACAAAGCUUCCCUAGCGUUCUUACAAAAACAUCUAGGACUUCAGAAAGACUUUGAUCAGUGGGAUUCUUUAGUUGAAGGCGAGGAUGACAAUCUUAUUCCGGGGACCAACAUUGACACAACCAACCACGAAGCCACUCUGCAGAACUCCACAGGAAUACAGAGACCAAAUUUAGAUUAAAAGAGCUUUCUAAAAAGUUUUGUUUACAAACUUGUCUAAAAGUAUGUAUGUGUGUGUGUGUGAUUUUAAUGUAUUUUCUCAAAUAGCUCAUAUUAAAAAAUAUAGGCUAUACCAUA